AUGAAAAAUAAGCUGACCCCAGAAGGGUACAAGAUUAUUUCACUUUGCGAUUAUGGUUAUACUUGGGUAUUUGUAUUUACAUCACAAGUUGAAAAAGAUAACCUAAUAGAAUUUGUUUCCAGUCUUAACAAUAUUGGAUCGGCUAAUUCAAAUAUUUCAAGUAAAGAUUUUAGAAUUAAUUUAGCUUGGGAUUUGAUCAGAGAUACUUUAGAUAAUGAGAAAAAAAAAGAACUACAAGAUCUUCAAGCUCCAUUUAAAGUGAAAUUGAAUCAUUAUAAAUAA